UUGAGCGUCGAGCUCAGCUAACUCCCUCGGAGGGAAAAAUGAAUUUUGUAAGCGACGCCAGAUUUGACAGCCUGUGCAUUUAUAUAGAAAAAACAAUAAAGAAGCAGACAUGGAUGAUCUUGAAUUGAAUCCAAGAAUUUUAGCAGCCGUUAGAAAAGCCAACCUUGUAUCCUUUCCUGCUAUCCUGAACCUGUCUUCUGCUGAUGUUGAACGACGUACUAAGCUGUCAGCUAAUGAUGUCAGGAUACUACUGCAGACAAUCUCUAGGAGAGUCUUCAAGAACCCAUCGGCCACUGCUUUGGAGUUGUACCAAGGCACUUGUCCCAAAUCGCUGCGAGUCUCCUCCCUCAGCACGGGCUGUGAGGUGCUGGACGCCUUCCUGAGGGGAGGCAUCCUGUCCCCUGGCAUCACUGAGAUUGCUGGGGAGAGCGCUGCAGGUAAGACCCAGCUGUGCAUGCAGCUGUGUCUGAGUGUGCAGAGGUCGACUGUGAAUGGAGGACUUGAUGGAGGGGCUGUGUAUAUCUGCACUGAAGAUGUCUUCCCAAGUAAGAGAUUGCACCAGCUCAUUGAGAAUUUCCAGAAGAGACUGAGUGCCACCAAAUAUCACCAGCUGAAACUUGGAGACAACAUAUUCAUUGAGCACUUGUCAGAAAGGGACCAGCUAGUGCACUGCAUCCAGUAUCGCAUCCCUCUCCUCUUGAAGCAGAGUCGCGUCAAGCUCAUCGUUGUGGACUCCCUAGCUGCUCUCUUUCGGUGUGAGUUCAGCCCCAGGGAAGCUGCCCGAAGGGCCAGACACCUGCAGACACUGGGUGCCCAGCUACACAGGCUGAGCUGGCUGCAUGACGUGCCCGUGGUCUGUGUCAACCAGGUCACUGCUAACAUGAGUAACAACAGCUCAUCACACUCCAACCAAUGCCAACUCAUCCCAGCUCUCGGCCUGGCCUGGUCCAACCUGGUCCAAACCCGCCUGAUGUUGGGCCGGACCAACUAUAAGCUGUCCUCCUUUGAUGCAGCAGGUCAUCAGCCCCAACCUGCAGAUACAGAGCGGACCGUACCUGAGACAGCAGGGGUUCCUGUCAGGACCAUGGAGGUGGUAUUUGCCCCACACCUGCCCAACGACACCUGUUACUUUGUGGUGGAGGCGGCUGGAGUCAGAGGCUUAAGGUGACAGGUGUAAUCAGUUUUUGUGCGCGAGUCGUCUGCUCACCGGUGACAAAUGGAGGCCGAGACAGCGUCAGUGUGCGUCCACUGCAGAUUUGACAACUUUUCAUGUUUCCUCUCUGCUUAGAAUGACCACGAACAUACUGCAUACCAAUUUAACCAAGGGAGAUUCUGACUUUGCAGAACUCCCACUUCUGUUCUUGCUUAAAGCCUCCCUGCUAAAGGUGGGUAUGCAGUUCUCAGCUUGAAUUUCGGGGUAUUUUACACCUGCACGUGAUAUUUCAGAUUGCAUUUGUGACUUGACAUGAGACUGAUCACCAGAAUGUUUUUAAUUUGAAGCUAUAAUUGGUGAGAGAAGAGCAAGGAAACACUACAGAUUUCCUAGUGCUGAUUGCCUGCAUCUGCCAAAAUUCAACAAGUUUACACUUUUGCCAGACUUGGACCAAUUUAUACUUUUGAGAAGAAUGCAUUGCUUAGAUAUUAAGAUGUUUAGAAAGCGAAAGCACUCAUGACCCCUGUUCUCUUCCACCUAAUGUCGUUUAAUAGUGCAUUGACGAAUAUGUAAGUGCGUUCCUCAUACCAACCCUCUCACCAGCCCUUAAGGGAACAUGUGGCCUAGCGGUUAUGGUUUGUAGCUUCUGAUCAUAGGGUCAGGGGUUCAAAUCCAACUGGUGGCAGCAUGUUGCGAUCUUGGGCAAAUCACUUUACCCCGAUGUGCCUCUCUCCACCUAAGAGUAAAUGGGUACCUGUGAGGGUAGAUUUGGUUAUGUUAGCCGUGUGCGACUGAUAGGGCAGCAUCAGCUAGUAUGCUCCUCAGGGAGCUGAGAUGGUUUCAGGAAUGUUCAGUUGUUGUGAGCCCAAUGUGCAGGGAUAAUGUGAUGAUAUGCCUUGAGCACCCAGCAGGGUGGAUACAUGCUCAAUGUAAAUUAUAUUUAUUAUCAUUAUUGAAAUUAUUAUUAUUAUUUAUGAUGCCCUUUUUUGAUUGUGUGCCUGUGCCUUAUCUGAUGACAGCAUUUCCAAGACUGAGUUUUGAAGUUUUCAAAAAUACUUUGUGCGCUUGUAAGAUGGAUGGAAUCCUGUCCCCAUGAACAACUUUGCACUAUUGUUAUUUCUAGCAUAAUACAUCUGGAACCGCACAAAGUAUUAAAUAAAACUGUAGGACCCCAAAUUUAUGUGAAAUUGUGGAAGUGGAAAUAAACCAUUUUCUGCUUAAUUUUAAAUUCUUAUGUGUCUUUUUGUUACACAUUACGUAUUCUUGGUGUUAUUUGACCUUGACAUAGAAAAUAUAAAUAGCAAUGAAAACAAAACAAAAUUCAGACAUGAUUUUUUUCUUGUUAGCCCAUUUAAGAUACAGAAAAUUAUGAAGUUGAGAGCAGGCACUUUGAAAGGUUCGCUUUGAAGUAACAAUAACCAUCAAGGCACAAAAAAUGGAAUCUUGCGGUUGGAGAUUGAAGUCAGACUUAACUUUUAUUUUCAUUUUUUGUUUCUUUUUUAAUGCUCAACCAGAGUUUUUAUAUUUUUUUUCAUUUAAUCCUUCAGUACACAGACUGAUUACUUUGAAAGUUCAGGUUUUAGUCAUAAAACCCCAAUUUUGCUUUGUCUUGCUUGUCUUUCAGCACUUUUCUAAUAGUUUGAACAAAGCCUUUGUUCUUGUUAUAUGGUAGGUGCUUU